GUGAAGAAGAGAAGACUAAGCCUCUUAUGAAUCCUUUUUUUUUUCUUCCACUUUCAAAAAGAACCUCUGUUAGGAAACUUAAGGAACCCCCACCCGCCACCCCGGCUACCCCUAUAAGAGGGAGCCUGAAUUCAGUUCGCCCACAAAACAAAACUCCAACAACUAACUUGCCUUACGAUUUCCUUGAAGGCAGUCAACACGCUAUCCCCAAAUACUUUUUCACUGUAUGAAACUAAAGGCCGACCACUUGCAUUCGGGAUUUUGUUGUCGAAUUGCCUAAGUUAAUAGGUCACACAUUUCUUUGAGAUAUGAGAAAGAAAACAUUGUCGAGAAAAGAGCCCAGAAGUUGGGCGUACAGGUUGUCUGGUUCUCAUUUUCUGACAGCAAAAUUUUUCGAUUUAAUUUGUUUCAAGGAUGGAUUGAUUGUCCGGGCUACGUUGAUUUUUCAGUUAGGGUUUAUUCGGUUUGUUUUAAUUAUGCUUUUAAAUAAUGCUCAUCAAUCAAAACUUUUCAAACUUGAUUUAUAGACUGCUGACCUGAAAAAAAGUGAUGUUUAAGCUGCUAUUAGGCAAAGUUGAAGGAAAAAUGAGCAUUUGGGGUUUUUCCUCUUUUAGUUCCGUGUUUCCCCUAAUCUUAUUUCUCUUAUCUUUCAAAAGUUUUUCUUAAAUGAACCAAAACUCCUAAGGACUGGAUGUACUCUGUUAGUACUGUUUCCCCACUUUUUCGUGGACAUAUUGUGGGGGAGGAGGAAUUGAGAGGUUGGGGAAGGAUGAAACUUAUAAAGUCAACUUGAUUCUUGUAGGAGGGGGAAGAACAAAUAGGAUGCUGGAACCCGGAGAACAAUUUAUUUUUCUAUGGUUCUAAUCUAGACCCUCAUUCACAUAGAUCAAUAAGUAUUUGAGAUACUAUGAACAUGAGUGAAGGAUGCCUGAUAAUAAUAGGAAGACCUGACUUCAACUCCCACUAAUGACAUCAGCAGUUUAUAAUUGGCACAAUGGAAGAAGCCGGAAUUUGUGGCAUAGGUGUAAAAUCUGACGACAUGUUAAGCAGUACUCAACGAAAUGAUAUUCUGCAGCAUCAAGCAUCUAAUUGCCAUGGUUCAAAUAGCAAAAAAUCAUUGGAGGAGGUUGAAAAGAGUAACUUUUUAACCAAGAAUCGUAAUUUGGUCAGUACAGCAUAUUGCACACGAGAAUCAAGAGAGGAAACACCUGGUCGAGAAGCUCGUACAGAUCCACCGGAUGGUCAGCAAGAUACAGAAAGUGACAAAAACAAAGAGAAAACUUUAGGAAAAGAAGUUUUAUUGUUGAUGCAAGCCUUAAAUACUCUUUCAACUCCAGAAGAAAAAUUAGCGGCCCUUUGUAAGAAAUAUGCUGAUCUUCUAGAGGAGAGUAGGAAUGUUCAAAAGCAGAUGAAGAUUCUUCAGAAGAAGCAAGCUCAGAUUGUGAAAGAGAAGGUCCAUCUGCAGAGCGAGCACAGUAAGGCUAUUCUAGCUCGAAGUAAAUUGGAGUCUCUCUGCCGGGAACUUCAGCGUCAUAAUAAGACAUUGAAGGAAGAAAAUAUGCAGCAAGCACGAGAAGAGGAAGAAAGGCGCAAAGAAGCAACUGCACAUUUCCAAAUUACUUUAAAUGAAAUUCAGGCUCAGCUGGAACAACAUGAUAUACAUAAUGCUAAAUUACGACAAGAAAACAUUGAACUGGGAGAGAAAUUGAAAAAACUUAUUGAGCAGUAUGCAUUACGAGAAGAGCAUAUUGACAAAGUUUUCAAGCAUAAGGAACUACAGCAGCAGCUUGUGGAUGCCAAACUUCAGCAGACAACACAGCUCAUAAAAGAAGCUGAGGAAAAACAUCAAAGAGAAAGAGAGUUUUUGUUAAAGGAAGCAACAGAGUCACGGCACAAAUGUGAACAAAUGAAACAGCAGGAAGCACAACUCAAACAGCAGCUUUCUCUUUAUAUGGAUAAGUUUGAAGAAUUCCAGACUACCAUGGCAAAAAGCAAUGAACUUUUUACAACCUUCAGGCAGGAAAUGGAAAAGAUGACCAAGAAAAUUAAAAAACUGGAAAAAGAAACAAUAGUUUGGCGUACUAAAUGGGAAAACAACAAUAAGGCACUUCUGCAAAUGGCUGAAGAGAAAACUGUUCGAGAUAAAGAAUACAAGGCCUUUCAAAUAAAACUGGAGCGUUUAGAGAAGCUGUGCAGGGCUCUCCAGACAGAAAGAAAUGAGCUCAACGAGAAGGUGGAAGUCCUUAAGGAACAAGUUUCUGUAAAAGGAGCAGAUGUAGAUCAAACAGUGCCUGUGUUACAGUCAUGCACUCUUCUUGAUUCCCACAAAAAGCUGAAAACUCCCUCUAAAAAAGAAAUGGAGAUUCCCUUAGAGGUGGAGCACAAUGCAAUAGAUGAAGGCGAUGGUUCUCAAGAGACUGUGUCCAUGAGUUCUGUUCCUGACACUGAUUCAGUUGACUAAAAUGAAGUGUAAACACUGUAUUGAGAGAUAUAUUUUGUGUAUAACUUUCUCUGUUGGUGGUAACUAUUGGCUUUGUGGUGAAAAAUUUCUUACUUUUUCUACCAUAUCUGUAUUUUCUUAGAACUACUGGACUUAUGUGGUACAGGAAGCUGCCUAGCAGCUUUGAAUAGUUUUAAUCUAUAAAUUUUCCACAACUGUGUUGCACAUCUGCCUCAUUUUUUCCCUUCCUUUCAGAAGAAUGCAUGUGUGUGUUGCCUUGUCCAUCUUUUCUCUGUCUUUGCCCCUUGCACACAAAAAACCAUAAUUAAGAUUUUUGUUAAGGGAUACAUACAGGCUUACCAUUAGCAGGACUCUGUAGUGGUAACAUUUCCUUAAUAUAAAGAUACUAUUUCCUGGUAUAGUGAUGUAAAUUUUCACCACCACCACCACCACCCACCCCCCCACCCCACCCCCCCAAAAAAAAAAGACAACAUAAUUCUUAGAAGGCACUUCUUAAUGGCCUAUGAGAAUUUCAAAUCAUCUCCACUAAUAUGUAAAAAGAAGACUCUAGAGUUGGGCAGUAGCAAGAUUUUGUGGUGGCCUGGCCUGUCAGCUUUGUGAAACAUUCAUUUCAUUUGAAUAGAUGGGCAUUGUUCUAUGGUUCUAAAAAUUGUGGCAUGGCAUUUACUUGAUCAUGAAAGAUUUACAAUUAACUUGAAGAAAGUAGUCUACUUAGUGUGUUACUGAGAGAGAACAGGCUUAGUGGGUGUAACUAAAAAUGAUUCAUUAGGCCUGUUCAUAGUGAGCUGACCAUGGUGGUACCAGGUUAGAGAAGUGGUGAAAUACGGAUGCUGCAGGUAUUCUGCUAAAAUGCACUGUCCUUUACCUCAGACAAUGCUCGGUUAUAGACGUUAAGUGUUUGAAUCAUGUUUGGUCCCUUUGAAGAGAAGCUUACAAAUACUCUUAAGUUACCCUGGCUAUUUUGAAUGGGCAGAAAACCCUCAUCCUCUCCUCAAAGUUGCAACUUUAAAAACCUGCAUGUUAAAGUAAAGGACCACAAGUAAAAACUACAUUUUAAAAAAGUAUAUGCAAAUAUUCCAGGCUUGUGCUUCCUAUGAGUUAAUACCAAAUUGUUAUGUAUGAUUUUUAAAAAAUAUUAUUUCAAAGGGAAUAAGCAAGGAAGGCUAGGACCAAUAUUUUAAAUACCAGGAAACCCGGCAGUAUGUGAAGUAAGUAGCCAGGUAUUAAUAAUGCAGAUUAUGCCCAAGUCUUAUUUGCUUAUUUCUUAUUUUGGUUGUUCUCGUUCUCGAAGAAAUGCAAAAAAGAAGUAUUCUUUGGUACUUAACUUUAUUUCUUUUGCACUUAACUUGAAGAGGGAGUUCUAAACCAAGCACAUAACUCCUGAUUCUCUUUGCUUACAUGUCCCUUUUGUCACAAUAUGCUCAUCAGCCUGAAUGUUCAGACUGCACUGAUUGAUGAAAGGUUUGUAGUUUUUUCGUGAUACUGUCCAUUCCUAGAGCAAGGUUUUACAUUUGAUGCGUUGUUAGCUCAUACCGCUGGACAAAAUCUGAAAACUGAUGUACCUUAAACUAUAAUGGCACAAAAGAACUGUGCUGUGCAGGUGAGAAAUGUUCCUUCAGUCUGAUUUGCACAGCUUGUCCCAGACUAGGUUAUAAGCUUGAGGAGGGAACGAGAGGAAGGUGGAGCUGGCAGGCAAGUCUGUGCACUUCUCAAUGCUAAUCAUGUGAAAAAACCAAAGGGCAAGGCAGGAUGAGAAUCCAUUCCUAUCACAAAGGCUUGACUAUAGUGUUAGAACGAGGCAAUUUCAACCAGUUGGUUUCGGUGACCCUGAGCUGCUGUUACUAGAUCAAACAUGGGACUUGUUUCAUAUAAUGGAACAGCCUACCUUUAAAUUAGGACAAACCAGUGGAAGAUGUAGCUGGGCCAUUUCAUAAGCCAACUGUUUUGUUUAUCUUCCAUAAAAUUCUACAUGGUGCUUGCUUUGUAUGGAAGAUAGAUUUUGGAUCUGCUUGCCCACGUUUCAAGGGCUUUAAAGCAAAUGGUUAACAGACGGUACUUUCCCUACUGUUUUCACUUUAACUUUCUAAGAUGUUAAAAAGAACAGUAGAGAGUGUUUCUGAGGACAUUGGAUUUCCUUAUUUUCUCCUGCGAGCCUAUCAUCUCCCAAAAAAAAGAAAUGAAUAGGCUUUCUGACUAGUAGGGCUUCCUUGACUCUUCAACAUGAAUUGCGGGUCCAGUAAUAGCAGCAGCACUUAAGACUCAGCUUUACCAUAUAGUUAGUCCUUUCAAUGACUGCCAGGGAGGUCCCUAGUACAUACUUUAAAAUAUUAUUCAGUUCAUUCAAUUGCAUUUCUUGCACUAUCAUUGAAUUGAGGUGUGGUAGUCUAUAAUGAUAAUGACCUCUAAAACUUGGGCCCUGGAUUAGAGACCAUUUCAUCAAUAGACCACAAAAGUGUGUUUUCUGAUUUUGAGCAGUUUUUUUUUUUUUUUUUUGGUGUAUGCAAACUGUCCUUUUACUACACUUACACCUGGUUGUUACCGUUCAAUUCUCAGGUGUUGCAGAAAAUCUACCUCUUUUGACUGUAGAUGGAAAUAACUGUGAAAAAAAGUGAUGCAGAAAUCUAGUUUGUGCUAAACACUGCUUUAUUUUUACAACCCAUAUCUGCUUUCAUGAGGAAAAGAAUUGAUUAAUGAACAGGCAGUCUUGUUUUGCUUUUCAAAGACAUUUUGUAGAGAUUUUUCACUAAUGUGAAUCUGAUUUUAUCUACUCAAUUCUGUAUAGAUUAAGUAAAUAUGUAUGCUUAA